UAUUAACAGAAUGAACUGUUAUUAAAUUUUCAGAAGGCCGUAGCCCUACCAUCUCAACCAUGAAUACCUAUGAAGCAAGUGAAAACAAUACCAUUGAAGUUGGCCAAGGAAGUUUAAAGCUUCUUUACUCAGCAGAUGAAGGAAAACUUACUCGUUAUGUUAAUACCAGAAAUUCGGUUACGGCCUUUGCUGAGCAAUCCUAUGGUUAUUACUCGGGAAAUGAUGGAACUGAUAAAGAUCCUCAGGCUUCUGGGGCAUAUGUUUUUCGUCCAAAUGGUACAUUCUCCAUUAAAUCUGAAAACCAGGCAUCUAUUUUUAUUUGAACAAAUUUCAUGUCU